AUGGAGGGGGCAUUACCGGGCCGCUUCAGGCUAUUGCUGCUCUUACAGCUCGCCGUUGCUUACCUCACGGGGGCUGUAUAUAUCGACCAGCAGAAGCCGUUGGGCAACAAGCAGUCAGCAUCUCCUUCGACCAUCUCCGUACCGUUAUUCGCGUCUCUCGAACGACUGGCUAGGCUUGUUGACGUGUCGUAUUGCCUUGGCACUUCUGGCAUUCGCAAACCGUUCCAGUGUCUCUCCCGAUGCAACGAGUUCCCUGAGUUGACGUUGGCUACCACUUGGAGCACAGGCAUUCUGUUCAGUGACAAUUGUGGAUUCAUCGCCAUUGACGAUGGCUCAGAACAACAGCUUCUCGAAGCAAAUCGAAACGAUGUAGCGAAUGAGAAGCAUGGCGCUAUAGUCGUUGCGUUCCGCGGGACUUACAGCAUCACCAAUACCAUUGUUGAUCUCGGCACCAUCCCGCAAAAAUACGUGCCAUAUCCAUCCCCGGAUGAUGGAGGAGAGACGCCAAAAAAGCCCAGCCACGAAUGCACAAAUUGCACCGUACACAUGGGGUUCCUUGAGUCUUGGAGAAGCGCCCGGGAUGCUGUUCUGCCAGAACUGAAGGCUCUCCGAGCCCAAUACCCGUCUCGUCCUAUUCAGGUCGUAGGCCAUAGCCUUGGGGGAGCUGUGGCCUGCCUUGCGGCCCUGGAGCUGAAGGUAUCCCUGGGCUGGGACGACGUAACGGUCACCACCUUUGGAGAGCCUCGCGCUGGCAAUGCCCAAUUUGCCCGUUUCGUGGAUGACGUAUUUGAUCUCAAUGGAACAACUGACCUUGAGAAGAGGACCUAUCGACGAGUCACCCACGUUGACGACCCUGUGCCUUUGCUGCCACCGAGCGAAUUCGGCUACAAGUCGCACAGCGGCGAAAUAUUCAUUUCAAAGUCUUCUCUAUCGCCAUCCGAAACGGACGUGCACCUCUGCGUUGGUGACGAGGACCCCAACUGCAGUGCCAAAGAUGACAGCACGAUGCAGAGUCUGCUGCAUCGCCUUCUCCAUUUCCGCUGGACGACUAGCUCCUUACAGGCUUACACGGAGAGGAUGAGCUUCCCAGCGCGAUUAAAGCUAUGGCAGCUGUUUUUUGCUCAUCGGGAUUAUUUCUGGAGGCUCGGGCUAUGCGUUCCUGGUGGCGACCCUACAAACUGGGGCCGACAUCCGUAUGAGCCUCACGAUGAAUACCUAUAA